AUGGAAUCACCCGGAAUGGCUCUAAGUGACAAAUAUGGAAGCGAUAACCCACCAGCUAUUAUGGUCAGAGGCGCAUACAAGAGAUACAAUCCUCACAGUGUCGUUCUUAGAGGCCUCAACAUGACUGUACCCGAAGGAACUAUAUAUGGUCUUCUCGGUCCCAGUGGUUGUGGUAAAACUACCUUACUCAGCUGCAUGGUUGGACGGUGUGAGAUCGAUGCUGGGGAUAUACAAGUCAAAGCUGGGACGAAGUCCAACAUCGGAUACAUGCCUCAAGAACUCGCUUUGUACCAAGAGUUUAGUAUUAAAGAAACAAUGACCUAUUAUGGCCGUUUAUUUGGUAUGAGUCAUAAACAAAUAGAAACUAGAACUUAUGAACUAUUGAAAUUUUUAGAACUACCUCAUGAAAAUAAUAUUGUUAGUCGACUAAGUGGCGGUCAAGAAAGAAGAGUGUCUUUCGCGGUUGCAUUGCUUCACGACCCUGAACUUCUUAUAUUAGACGAACCUACAGUAGGUGUAGAUCCAGUGCUGAGUGCUAGCAUUUGGCAACAUCUUCUAGACAUGACAGCCAAUGGAAAUAAAACUGUUGUGAUUACCACACAUUAUAUUGAAGAAGCCAGACAAGCACAUACGAUUGGGUUAAUGCGAGAUGGUACGUUGUUAGCUGAAGAAUCUCCCAAUCAACUUCUUUUAAAACACAACUGCUCAACUUUGGAACAAGCUUUUCUGGAGCUUAGCAAACGCCAAACUAGAAGCAGCAUUAUGGACAGAGAAGAUGAAAAUUGUAAUAUUGAAACAUAUCCUGUACCACGUAAAAAACCAUUGGCACCACUGAAACCAGAUAAUAUUUGUUCAAAAUCGAGAAUUUUAGCACAAUUAUUAAAAAACUUUUACUGGAUGAAAAGAAAUAUACCGAUUAUGUGUUUCCUAAUGAUCUUGCCUGUUGUGCAAUGCUAUUUAUUUUGCACCUGUAUUGGUCGUGAUCCCCAAGGAUUGAAACUAGGAGUGGUCAACGAAGAGCUUAAAACUGGUAUGUCAAGUUGCAGUAGUUACCCGUCGAGUGGAUGCAAUUUCAGUAUACCGCUAAGUUGUCGAUAUUUACAAAACUUGAAGGAUAAAAGUUACAAAUUGAUAGAGUUUGAUUCUCUGGACGAAGCGAAAUUUGCUGUCAAGAAGAAUAAAGUUUGGGGAGUGUUAUAUUUCGAAGAAGGUUAUUCAGAAUCGCUCGGCGGACGAAUCAAAAUGCCCGACGAUUUAAGCGAAAGGGAAUUAAAUAUCAGUGAUGUCAAUAUAUGGCAAGACAUGUCCAACCAGUACGUGAGUAACCUAUUACGAAGGGAUAUGCUUUCGAGGUAUGUGAUGUUCUUAGAAAGUAUAUUCAGAGACUGUGGUUGGCCCGUUGCGAUGGCCGAUAUUCCGAUCAAGUUGGAAGACGCAAUUUACGGAAACAACAACCCGAGUUUUGGACAUUUCACAGCUCCAGCUAUCAUAUCACUAUUCGAGUUCUAUCUCCCGAUGGUGUUCACCGUGGGAGCGAUACUUAUGGAAAAGAUGGGAGGAUUGUUGGAGAGGAGUCUCGUUGCAGGCGUCACGGUGACAGAAGUUAUAUUGUCUCACAUUGUGGUCCAGUACAUAGUUUUAAGCGUUCAAACGGCGUUGAUGAUGUUGGUGUUAUUUGUGUUCUUCGAUAAUCCUAUGGUGGGGAGUUUAGUGUGGUCGCUGUCGUUGCUAUUCUUGACGGGGACCAGUGGCAUGUGUUACGGAUUUAUGGUCUCGGUGUUCUGCAAUACCGACACGUCUGCCACGUUUAUGGGCUUGGGAAGUUUCUUCCCUCUAGCCAUGCUCAGUGGAAUGAUAUGGCCGCUGGAAGGCAUGCACUAUGUAUUGAGAUCAAUUGGAUGGAUUUUGCCGAUCACAUUGUCGACGGAAUCGUUCAGAGCCCUAUCCGCUAGGGAUUGGUCGAUAACGCACCCAACAGUCUACAAGGGAUUUUUGUCCGCAUCCGGAUGGAUCGCCGUAUUUAUGUUGGUUACCAUAAUAGUGGUGAAGAAAAACAACGGUUUACGAAAUGUAACCAAAUGA